AUGGCUCAUGUGAUCAAGAAUACCAAUUCGCGGGGAGAGUUGGAGAUUGUCACCACGGGAGUUCCUCCAGGAGCUUCAGCCGGUGGGCUAUGGGGGUACCGAAAAUACCAGCGCCGAGGCGGAAGAAGUAAUAUUAAUCCCAUCACCUAUCAGAGACUCUACAAGGCACCCGAGAUGGACGAUUCCGAACAACGGACCCAUAUCACGACCACACAUACAUGCUUGCUGGUCGGGCAAAUCCCACCGGCUUUGGCCAAGCAUUGGGCAGAUUCAAACCACACUCGGAAUGGUACAAGCAAUAUGGGCUUACGGCUGCCAAAUCGAGACCCAGGAGUGUGUCUCCAGUGCCUGCUCGAUCUUCCGCAUCCGGAUGGGAAUCCGUAA